GUCAACGACGGAAGAAAGGAAGUAGAAGCAUGCAAGCUAUUAAUGUUACAAGCGCUCGAUAUCUGGUCAUAAUCUCAAGGUCUUGACGCAGCUGGAGUGCACAUGUACGUAUUUCACACAGGCGCCACAAAGAUGUCAGCUUUGGAGGAAGUCAGUAGGUGGCUGAAGAAAGGUUCGCUCUUGAUAAUCAGGGGUGAUGCUCACUGAAAUUUGCGGACACGUUAUCUGUGGAUUAACGGACCUUUCUGGCGGUUGAUCCUCCCCCUCUUAGUGACUCUGGACAUAUUUCCAACUAUUUUAAUAUGUUGGUAUUCACCUCAGCAGCACAUCAGCUCAGGCUGCUACAUGUUUGGGGUAGAAGAGCGUACAAGCCAGUGUCAGUCUCAAGAGUGGGCUCUCAGUUUGCCUCUUACCAUGUUACAGCUUCUCUCCUGCACCCAGAGGACAGGAGAAUCAACCCUGUGGUGAGGAAACAACACAGACACAAACCAGCUGUACCUGAUGGACGGCGGGACCAUGAGAGGUCAGUCCAGAGUAAAGUGUGGAAGAAAGAGAUCCCGCUGUUGCAGAGGACAAAUCAAAGGAAGGGGGACAACCACAAGGUAUCAUCUGAACUCAGGAAACUGUGUCUAGAGGAUUUCCCUGCAGACACAGAGAGACCGGUGACACAGAGGUCAACGUUAGACUCCAAAGCAGAGAGCCAUGAGAUUGUUUUUGGCAUCGCUCCCUGUCUCUUGGCUUUGACUCAGGGUAGAAGGAACGUCCACAAACUGUUUGUGAAAGAUGGUGAGUCCUCUCACAGGGCUUCUGUGUUAAGGGUGUGUGAGGAGGCUCUUCGGCGAGGAGUACAGGUCCAGCGGGUCACCAAGAAGGACCUGGACAGGAUGUCUUCUGGGCGAGUACAUCAAGGAGUAUGUCUGCAAGCCAGUCCUCUGAGCUAUAUCACUGAAGACACGGACAGUACACCCAACAGAAGAGACACACCUGUCUGGCUUGUCCUGGAGGGAAUUCAGGACCCGAUGAAUCUCGGCGCCAUCCUGCGCUCUGCUUAUUUCCUCGGUGUGGACAGAGUCACCAGCAGUCUUCGUCACAGUUGUCCGCUUUCUCCAGUGGUCAGCAAGGCCAGCUCUGGUGCCAUGGAGGUGUUUGGGGUUUAUGGAUAUGAAAACCUUGAAGAUCUGUUGAAGUUGAAAGUGACACAGGGCUGGCAGGUGGUCGGCACCGUGGGAGCUGGAGCUGACCAGCCUCAGAUUGGUGUCACCCAGUGUUCAGACUUUCAGAUAACUAGACCCACGUUGUUGCUGAUAGGAGGUGAGGGGGAAGGACUGUCCCAGGAGCUGCUCUCUCUGUGCCAAACCCUGCUCACCAUCCCAGCCGGCAGAGAUUUGAUUCCCGGCAUAGAGUCCCUGAAUGUCUCUGUAGCUACUGGGAUUCUGCUGCACUCUCUGCUGUUCUCCAGGAGGUCGACCAGAUGAACACAGUGCUGCGCAAAAAUGUUUGUUAAAAAGUAGAGUGAGGAUGCUUUUACAAAUAAGGCCAUGAAUACCUUUUAUUUAUUGUUUAAUACAAAGUGCAGUAAACAGAGAAAAUCAAAUCAUUAUUUUAUGUGACAAAACAGCACCAGUUCCUUGAUACACAUCGACACAGUUUUUAAAGGUACUUGGCAGGUUAGAGAACUUGCCACAGUUCUUCUGUGGAUUUAGGCUGUCUCAGUAUCUUCUGCCUGACUGAUGCUGAGAUCAGGACUCUGUGGGGGCCAGACCAUCCGCUGCAGGACCCUUGUUCUUCUUGUCUUUUUGACUCUUGCAUGUUUGGAGCCAUUGUCCUGCUGCAGAAUGAAUCUGGGGCCAAUCAGACAGCUCCUGAUGGAACUGCAUGAUGGAUAAGAAUCUGAACAUGUACAGUGCCUAAAACCUUUGCGGUGUACUGUAUUUGCCUGUACUCUCACCAAAGCUGGAAUGGAACUGAGACUUAAACAUUAAUGGUCAACAGAGUUGCCUGAAGAAUAACACAGGCUCUGUCCUUUAAAAUGCUGCUCUGUUGCUCUCCUGAAACACCCACAAGAUUAAACAACUGUUCUGUCACAAUUGUGGUAUCAGUAACUAAGUUGUUAAUAGUUGGGCUUUUUAAUUUGAAUAAAAUGUAUC